CUGAGAUUUUACAUAGAUAUAGUAUGGCAGCUUCUGUGAUUCCUCGAGACGAAAUAAACAUAUUAUUGCUUGGUGAAACUGGUACAGGAAAAUCUACUUUUAUAAACGCCUUUGCAAAUUAUUUUAAAUUUGAUAGUUUAGAUGAUGCAAUUGCUGGUGAGAUAGAU